CCAAACCCAACCUAUGUUAUAGAGCCAAACUAAUGGACUCAUAACAGACUGUUUUUUGCUUUUUAAAUUGGGUUUUUGGGUCAUCAGCUCAAUUUGGCCGCUAUAUGGCCAAGGGCAGGAGGCUAACAACAAGCCGCAGUGAAAGGUUACUUGGAAGCUUUGCUUAUGCCAAUGGCCAAGACAGGACCGACACGGACUCAUCCGAGCUAGGCGAGGAAGACGUAUGGUCGAUGGUUGAUGAUGCGGGUGACCGGAAUGAACAGAAUGUCGAUAAUUCACAAGGAGAUUGGAAUACACGCGCCGAUGUUGAGAGUAACGGAAGUAUGACUACAAGGAGCCGCCGCCGAGUUCCGCGGGAUAACCGCCACGUGGGUGGGUUGUCUCUGGCGUUUGAAGAUUCUUCCGCCAAGACGGCGUCAUCAAGAAUCCUGCACCAGUUUCGAGGACAUGACAGCGUGGCUUCCCCAGCAGCAUCUCCUCGUCACAUGGCCACGUCAGCUCCGGUAAACGUGCCGGACUGGAGUAAGAUACUGCGUGUCGACUCGGUUGAGUCAUUACAUGAGUCGGAUGAUGGGUUUGAUGACCGCGACUCAGAGAUGGUUCCACCACACGAAUACCUGGCGCGUGAAUAUGCUAGAAGCAAGAAAAUGGGUGGCGCCUCUGUGUUCGAGGGCGUAGGCAGGACGCUGAAGGGCCGCGACCUGAGGCGCGUGCGCGAUGCAGUAUGGAGCCAAACCGGAUUUGAUGGAUAAUCGUUUUGUUAACAAAAACCAAAAAGGCUAUUAUUGUUGUUGAGAUUGCUUAUAAUUUUUUCUUGGGCAAUGAUUCGGCCGAGUUGACUCGGCUUUGAAUUGAGUCAAACUCUGCAACGAGUGAGCUCAAGCAUGAUUGUGCUCGAUGAGGUGCCUCUAUUUGUCCAGAUUUGGAAUUUGGAACUCCUGCUUGAGCAUGUUUGUUAGUAAUCUUCUGGUAAUUUAGACUCCAAAUUUUUACGUAUUUAUUAUUUUUAUUGCUAAAUUCAAAAUCUUCAAAUCCUCGUGUUAGCCUCUUAA